AUGUCGCGCUUCCUUGAGUAUGGGGUCUUCGUGCCAGAUCCAAGCAGCAAGCAUGGCUCGACCCAGUCUUCCCAGACGGCGACCGGGCAGUGGGCACAGGUCGGGGGGAAAUGGUGCAAAGUGGGUCCUGAUGGGAAGCCGCUGAAUGCACCGAGCAAGUCGUCUUUCUCGCAGUCCUCGCCCAUCAACAUGGGCGGUGGUGGCGAGGGAGGGGUGGACAUAGACGGCGGGGGAAGCUCGGCAGCCGAACCCUUCUCGCAGACGACUGGCGCGAUGGGCGACGGCGCGGACUGGGGGCACCGAAAGCAAGAAGAGGGGGAUGAUGAUGAUGCCUCUGCUGAUCUUUACAGCGACGAUGAUGGUGCUGGUCUCGGCGAAGAUGGCGACGACGGCGAGGCGAGCGGGUCAACAACAACCAUGCUGCCUAAGCCGAGCCCCUCCGCCACCGCGGCGGGCGCGGCGGCGCCGCGAGCAACCGCGUCGUCGUCGCGAAGUCGGAGCGUCUUCAAUAGCCAAGGCGGCGAGGACGACCACGAAGACGACGAAGGGGCCGCGGCCGGCGGGGGGGGCGGCGGCAGCGGCGGGUCCGGCAACAGCGGAGGGCUCACUGUCGCUGUGGACGAGGCCGCAAGCGGCACCGGCCCCGCCGGCGGCAUCGACAGCAUGUCCAAGACCCUCCCCAUCGCCGUGGAGGGAGGGUCGGCCUCGCGGCCAAGGGCCAUGCUAACCCCGGGCCUGUCGCGGUCCUACAGCACCGACGAAGUCGUAGGCAAGUUCUUCGGGGAGGACGCCUCCGCGGCUGCGUCCGACAUGACGGCCGCCGCGGGCGGCGGCAGCGGCAGCGGCAGCGGCAGCGGAGAAGGCUUCGGCGCUGGCGCGGCUUGCGCGGGAGAGAGGGCGCCCAGCGGUGACAAGGGCGAGGCCAAGGGAGGCAAGAAGGCUAAGCACGCGAGGAGCGGGAGCGGGUCGAGCAACACGGCCAACAGCCCCGUCGCCGCCCGCGCGGGCAAGAAGGAGGAGAGCGAGCCGGUAGAGACGAGGGACGUCGCCUGCCAAUGGGAUGGAAGCGAGAUGGGCGACGAUGACGAAGAAGAAUUUGUAGAGGUGGAGCUCCCAGACACGCCGGAUUGCAAGGCCCUCACCGCCGUCCUUCGUCUCUACGACCACGCCAGGCUGGAGAACAAGCGGACGGGGGUGUUGUCGAGCCGUCCCGGGUGGGGUGUGGACGAGAACAUCGAAAACUGGGACGGUGUCUACCUGGACACGGAAGACCGCGUUGUGGCCCUCGACGUGGACGGUGACCCGGAAAAUCGACAGGCGGUUCUCAUCGGCCCCUUGCCGGUGGAGUUGGCCGGCAUGGACCGCUUGGAACAGCUCACGAUGCGAAGACAUCGCUUUAAGGGGCGAAUCCCGGCCGAACUCGGGCAGCUGAGCCGGCUAACUCACCUGAACCUCAGCAACUGCCGUCUCAUCGGGUUUAUCCCCCCCUCUUUCGGAGACUUGGUCAACUUGGUGGUGCUCAACCUCAGCUGGAAUUUCCUCAGCGGUGACCUUCCCCCUGAACUAGGAAAGCUGGCCAAGCUGGAGGAGCUCCUUGUCAACAGCAAUGCAUUCAGCGGCGCUAUUCCACCGGAGUUUGGAAAGCUUCGGAAGCUGCAGAGGUUCAAUGCCGGCCACAACAUCGGACUCUCAGGGGCCCUGCCGCCAGAGAUGUCGCGGAUGACGGCGUUGACGCUGCUGGACUUGCGGCACAACAAGAUCUCGGGCAAGAUUCCGCAGCUGUUCGGCCGCCUCACGAACCUUCAGCAGCUCUGGCUGCAAGACAACCAGCUCACGGAUGACAUCCCGGCCGAGCUGGCCCGUCUGCCGAAGCUGCAGAUGCUCCACCUUACCAACAACAAGCUUUCAGGCGUUAUCCCCAUGGCCCUGCGGGGCCACCCCAGGUACCGGGCGUUCAAGAUCCUGCCGGGCAACUUCGCGCUCGGGGAGAGGGUGGCGCCCAACGAGAAAGAGGUGGAGGCGGCCGCCCGCAGGAAGCCGUCGAGGAACGCCAUGGAGCACGCUUCCGGUGCCCACGCCCAGUCGCAGCUAAAGCAGAACAGGGCCCAGCAGCAACAGAAGCGCGAGUCGUCUUCGCUCUCGCCUCCCCCGAGCGCGAGCAUGGGCCCCAACGGCAGCCCCACCUCUACCACCGGAAGGGACUCGAUUGGGAUCCCUCGCUCGGCGACGGCCGAGAUGACCGUAGAGGAGACGAAGAGGAGCACGUUCGGCCGCAACAGCCUCGGCCGCAAGCUCCGCGGCAUGAAGCGCAUCAUGGGCAAGAAGUCCACCCCGCCGACCAGCCCCACCGGCAGCAGCGGCACGGCCGCCAGCGGCGGCCGCAGCCCCGGCGGCGUCGGCGGCAGCGGCGGCGGCGGCGGCGGGUUCCUUAAGGUCGGCGGCGGCGUCGGCGGCUACGCCUCCUCCCUCACACGCUCCCCUACCGGCAGCGCCAGCGGGGACAUCGGGUCGGCGGCGGGGAGCAACGACAGGGGAGCGCACGCCAAGGGGAAGGCUUUCCUGGAGGAGGUUGGCGGGGCGGGUGGUGGGGACGCGAGCCCGCACCCGACGGCGACCCCCUCCUCCGAGACCGGCACCAGCGGGAACGCCAGCCCGUCGAGCCACGAGGGCGGCGCCGGCGGCGGUAGUAGCGCUACGGGUGGGGUCUCCCAGACGACGACGGGUUCUUCGUCCUUCAACGCCGCAUGA